GCAGAAACGUCUCUCAGUUCCUCGCGGGCACCUACAGAUAGUAACAUAAUUUUACCAUUACAUCCAAGAGACGAUCGUGCGUUCGGAGAUCCAGCCGCAUCUAUCAGGAUAACGGAAAUGAAAUGGUUGCCACUGCCUCCGGAACGGUGCAAACCUUGUUCGACUUCACCCGCGGUCCGGACCAGGCGGGAUCGUGGUCGGAGCAUUCGGAUACGGUGAGAUCGUCGGGGAUGUCAAAAGCAGUGAUGGUGAUGCAAAAAACGCAGUUAUUCCAGCGUGCGAUACUGUUCACCCUUUUCAACCCCCAAACGAACGGAUCCGGGUUUGCUUCUGUUCGGUGCGAGACGAACUUCGAUCUUUCGGAAUUCAGUAACAUAACAAUUCGUUGCAGAGGUCAGGGUGUAAACAUUAAAUACAAAAUGCUUCUGAGGCACAAGGGCCUUGGUAAGGACUCCGCGGUCUACGGUCAGAUAUUCUCGGCUCCUGAGAAGGAAUUCGCGACCGUAAGAUUACCACUUGCUGAAUUCAAACCGUACCAUCGUGGGAGAGAACUUCCGCUGGAGACAAACCCUCUGGAUAUCGCGGCGAUCACGAACGUCGCUUUGAAAGUUGACAACGGACAAUAUUUGCCGGAUAAUCACCCAGGAGUCGCUGCUCUAGAAAUCGACUGGAUAAAAGCAACGAAGUCAUCUUCUGCAACAAAUUGAACGGUCGUUAAAAAGGUCACUGAAAUAUUAAGAUUCGGCGAAGGUCAUCAUCGAAUGCAUGGGAAUCAGUGGAGACUCCAAAUACAUGACGCAUAUAAUAAACUUUCUAUAAUUGUAUAUUAAAAAUCUUUCAUCGCUAUGGAAAAUAUAAUAAUUCUUGGAAUCAGC